CGAGCAGUGCUGAGUAAGGGAGAGCCAAGGAAAGACGCCUGCAUGAAGACUGAGCUGCUGAAAGAUAUCACCAACAACAAAGAGGAAGGGUUUAAUGCCAUGGCUGCAGAUGAAAGUGCUACAGAAAAGCAAGUGGGGGAACCAAAACUGGCAGUAGACGGUGAAACCAACGGUUCCUGUGAGCACAGCGAGGCUGGAGGGCACCCAAACCCAGCCAAAACCACUCAGGACAACCCGAAAGUGAGCCAGCAGGACUCUAGUGCUAAAUUAAAUAGGAUAGCAGAAAAUGGCAUUUCUGAGAGGGAUGCUGAGACUGGGAAGCAAAACCAUCUGAAAGCCAAUGACUUCACACAGACUUCUGUCACAGGGAGCAAUGGAUAUAUCCUAACCAAGCAGAUGGCACAGGAGCAGCCUCUAAGGACUACCAGCACCUUUGCUUCUCUCACCGGCCAUGCUGCAAAAACCCUGCCUGGAGGAGCAGGCAAGGGCAGGACUGUGGGCUCCUUUGCCCAGCUGCAGCCAGUGCCAGCCAAGCUCGGGGAGGGCAGUAAGGACAUGGAUGCUAAAAAAGCCCCUGCUGCUAACACUGAAGUCAAGGUCCACAGAGCACGGAAGACAAUGCCUAAACCCACCCCCAGCCUGGAGUUGCUUCCUGAAUUGGGAUCGAAGCUGAAUCUGAAACAGCAUGCAAGUAAAGACCCCAAAGAUGGGAGAGACAGCAGAGAUCAAAAAGAAUCCAAGGAGGAAGGCAACAAAACCAUCCUGGAGUUUGGGAAGCCGCUGCCCUUGCCCUCUCUCCCAGGACACCUGCACCAGUCACUACCUCAGAACCAGAGCUAUGUGGCCACCACGAAGUCGCAGACAGCUGCUGCAGUAUCUCGGAAGAAGAAGCGGAGAAUGGGAACCUAUAGCCUGGUUCCCAAGAAAAAGACCAAAGUGUUAAAACAGAGAACAGUGAUUGAGAUGUUUAAGGGCAUAACUCAUUCCUCUGCAGGUGCCAAGAGUGACAAGGACCUGGGUGAUGCCAGCCCUCAUGUGAAUGGGGAAAGCAUAGAUGUAGACUCUGAAGAGGAAGACUCUGAUGAGUUGGAAGAGGAGGAUGACCAUGGAGCAGAACAGGCAGCUGUGUUUCCCAUGGAUGAUAACAGGACCUCGAAAGACAGCGCGUCCGACGCAGACAACGCCAGAAAGAUAGAUGAUGGCGAGUCUGAGGAGGAACAAGAGUCUGUAGAGUCCGGGGAGGAGGAGGAGGAUGGAGAUGAGUCUGACCUGAGCUCGGAGUCCAGUGUCAAGAAGAAGCUGCUGAAGAGGAAAGGGAAGACAGACAGUCCCUGGCUGAAACCCACCCGCAAGAGGAGACGGAGGAAUAAAAAGAAACAAGCCAGUGUGCUAGGUGCCGAAGCCUAUAAAGCAUCGCUGGGCGGCAGGGACGGCCAGGAGAACAGCAUGGAGUACAUGGAGGUGUCCCUGGAUUCCCUAGAUCUCCGAGUGAAGGGGAUCCUCUCCUCGCCGGCGGGAG